AUGUUGCCUUCCACCAGCACAUUGUAUGACCCGGCGAAAGGGACCCUGUACAACACUUGCUUCCGAACCAUCAAUAUUUGCUUAGAUUCACCUGUAUGGCCUCGAAUCAUCCAUAAUCCUUCCAACGUCCAUGCCCUCCAAUGCCUUUCACGUCCUCUCGGUCGUUGGAUGACAUCACUGUUCACUGUUAUCUAUUCUGAGCAGGCUGAUGAUCUGGACAGCAGCAAUGUCUGGCCCAUAGUACAUGGCAUUUCCGAGAUCAUUAGCAAGAUGCGCACGUUUACUACUUUCAUCGAAGGAAUGGUAACAAUACCUCUGGCACGGAACGUCAUCCAUCUCUGGAUCAAAGCAAACGAAUGUUACGUCCCUGGUGAUACUCACUAUCUGAUUCGAGAUAUGUACGAUGUAGUUGUCGGCGCAUCAGAACCCAUGACGCGUCUUUUCACCAAAACUGUCUCCGCUGUUCCUCGACGUGUCCUAGAGCGCUGCCUUUCACAUGUCGUCGAACGAAUCCAAAGCCCAGAUUUUUCUAUCUACGAAUUUGAAGGAGUCUAUACGUUUCUCUCCCUCCCUACCUUCUGCUCACCGGUCAUAAACGGCAUUUUCUUUGCUAAUCGAUCCAUCUAUUGGAUGUGUUAUGCCUUCUAUCGGAUUUCCCUGCAUGUCCGCCCAGAAAACGAAAGCGAAGUCUUCAAGAACUACUUUCCUCGUCUUAUGAAUCAGGUUGCCGCUAGUUUCUCAUUCGUUCCUCAUUUACUCCCUCAGGCUAUCGAAGGUCGUAUUCUUGAUUCGAUUCUCAAAGGACAACUGUACACGGAUCAAUUAUUCGACAAGGACGUUGCCGUCGGACACAUAACUGAAACACUGGACCUGCUUAACACGAAUCUCAUCUUUCGCUCAGUUUCGCGAUUAACAUACAAGCAUCUUCGGAAGAUUGAACACUUUGGUCGUGAAACUGCUUUGCUGCCUGGACCGAUUCUUGAAGCUUGGAUGGCCAUGCGAGAAAAGGCAAUCCAAGUCAACAAAUUUGACAAAUUUUAUGCGACGUUGGAAAUACUUUCUUGUUCCAAUUAUCAUUGCCAGUCUGCGAACAGGCACACACUGCCGCGCACAGAGGUCCGACGAUGUGGAGGAUGUGAGACAGUCUUUUAUUGUUCUGUCGAAUGUCAAAAGCAGGAUUGGAAAUAUCACCGCGAGAUUUGUCGGCUUUGCUUCCGAGCAGUAAACAAGGAUGGGCUUCCACUACCCAUGUCACUCCGCAACCAACUCUUCGUCAUAUUCUACGUUCAAAGUGAUAUAGACAAAGAUACCCUGGCCAGCCUACGACAGAAGUAUCUCGAUGAUCAUCCCGGCGCGGAGGCUCACAAGCUUGUAGCCGCCCUCGAUUACACCAAGAUAGUGCCAGAGCUGGACAUCAGAUACGCAGAUGAAUAUCGUCAUGAGGAUCACUUGGAUCAUUACGUGAAGGUGUGCAAGGAUGGUGGCGGGAGGCUUUGCUUCGUGAGAACACCGUUUGUUGAUCAAAAGAAAGGUGUGCUGGGCUUAUUUACGUUACCAACACUCAUGUAA